AUGCAGUGCCCCGAUUUCCGCCAUAAGUGUUCGCAUUACGACUCCAAGAGUUAUCCCCCUUACAAUAUCGUCAACGACGACGAGCUGUGCAUGUCCCGUGCCAUUGCCGUCACCUGGGCUAAACUGCACAGGGUCACCAACACCGAGUGGAAGGAUCUCGUCAAACAUCCUCAACUCGUGAAUACGGUGGACAUGAUCCUCAAGCAUCGAAAGCCAAGAAUCGUGGCGAACAGAAGAAACUGGCCGUCAAACUGCGAACUUGCCGGGAUCCGCACCGACCAGCCUUGCAGUCUGAACGACAUUCCAGCAUUUGAAGUCCUCCUACAAUGUCAGAUCCUAGUCAUCAGUGCCGAACUCGGCAACAAGUUCAUCAGAGUCGGAGACCCUGAAUUGACACACCCCAAGCUCUUCCUCUAUUUCGUAGAACAGCCACAACCACACUUCCACGGAAUUGCCAACAUAGCGGGAUUCUUUUCCAUGGCCUACUUUUGCCAGUCGUGCCUGAAGCCUUACAGCAGCAAGAAGAAACAUUCCUGUUCGACCACCUGUAUCGUCUGCUACAGUGACGACUGUCCAGAGCCCGAAUGUCUGAUGUCAUGCCGUCAUUGUCAUAUGACGUGCCGAUCCAUGGACUGCUUCCAUCGCCACAAACAACAGAAGAAAGACAAGAAGGGACACGUCAUUCCUUCCAAGUGCGAAUGUUUUUGGAAGUGCACGGUCUGCAAGAAGGUCCUGGACGUCUCCAAGAGGAAGCCUAAAGAUCACGUCUGUGGGGAAUGGCACUGCCCUGGCUGCAACGACUACGUGUUAGAAGACCAUCUCUGCUACCAAGCUCCCAAAAACAUUGAUGCGACCAACACAAAAAAAUUAUUUUUCGACUUUGAGUGCCGCCAAGACGAAAUGAUGAAAUGCGAGGAGGGAUACCUACCCGUGGGAGUCUGUCACACCUGUCGAGAAGAUACUUGCAGUCACGCCAAACAAUGUCGACACUGCCACAACUCCUGGUGUGGGAAGUAUCAACACCUUCCCAAUUACUUGGUGGCUCAAUCAGCCUGUCCAGCCUGCAAGGAUGACCCUGUCGACGAGCAAUCCACGUGCCAUUCCUGUGGAUCUCGAUGUCACAAAUGUAACACCCGAGACAAGAGGGGUCGUUUCACAAAGUCACCAUGUGAAAAUACCUGUGGACACCGACAGAUAAUUUUUGAAGGUGACGGAGCCCACAAAGAGUUUUGCUGGUGGCUGUUUAACAACGCCCACAAAGGAUUCACAGCUGUGGCCCACAACAACAAGGCCUACGAUGGAUACUUUUUACUGGAGCACAUGAUCGACCAGUCCAUGUACCCGACGAAGAUCAUCUACAGCGGAUCCAAGAUCAUGUACAUGCACCUGGAGAGAGGGCUCGACAUUCGCGUGGUAGACAGCCUCAACUUUUUACCCAUGAGACUGGUGGCCUUACCCAAAGCUUUCGAGUUGUCUGAAUUGAAGAAAGGGUACUUCCCACACUAUUGGAAUACCCAAGAACAUCAAGACUACAAAGGACCCUUUCCGGAACCCCCGAUGUACGGCGUCGACUCUAUGGGGACCAAGGACAGACACAAUUUUUUAAAAUGGCACGCUGAACAGACGGGUAUAUUCGACUUCAGACAAGAAAUGAAAGAUUAUUGCAUUUCUGAUGUCACCAUACUGAGGGAAGCCUGUCUCAAGUUCCAAGCCCUCAUGAUGGAAGCCACGGGCGAGAAGCAAAUCGAUGUCGACACGAAGGCCGUCACUUAUGUCAACGGCAUCGAUCCCUUCUCGCAAUUCAUCACCAUUGCAUCAGUCUGCAUGGGUAUCUUUCAGGCCAAAUUUUUGAAAGAACAUCGCCACGUCAAGUUAUCUGACGGAAAGACCCUUUUGGAUUGGAUGUCCGUCAGAGAACACCUAGAUGGAUCUUUGUCCGUCAAGGUGAAAAAACAACAUUGGGUGACUGAAGAAGAACUGCAGCGACGGGGAUUCACCCUCGAAGAAGACGAGAGAAGGGACCACUUCAGUCGAUCGUCCAUACAAUGGCUGGAGUGGAUCCAACACCAACAUCCACAAAAAUACGAUAUUCGGCACGCACUGAACGGCGGCGAAUUCCACGUUCCAGAGACCAACUAUCGGCUUGACGGGUACUGCGUCAGGACCAAUACGGCUUUCGAAUUCAAUGGAUGUCUUUGGCAUGGAUGUAAAAAGUGCUAUCCUUACGAACGUUCUUCCACCAUUCAACCACGCACCAAUCAGUCCAUCGAGGAAUUACACGCUCUGACGAUCAAGAAACGUAAUGUCUUGAAAGAAAAAGGUUACAAACUCGUGGACAUUUGGGAACACGAAUUUCGUGAGAAGCAGAAAAAGAAUCCAGAAAUGAAGACGUUCGUGGAUGCUUUAGACAUCCAGGAUCGAUUGGACCCCCGAGACUCUUUCUUUGGCGGCCGGACGAAUGCCAGUACCCUGUAUUACAAGGUCAACGAUGAGGAACAAAUCAAGUACGUCGAUUUCACCUCACUUUACCCUUGGGUGAACAAGUAA